GAUAAUUAGGGCGUGAAAUCAGAGCGGCGCCCUAACUCAAACCAUCUGGAGGCUCUGCCGGCGGCCGGAUGAACGAAGCUGGGAGAUUCCAUUCAAGCAUCACCCGUCUUGCCAAUGUUUUGCUAGUCGUCACUUCCUCAGCAGUUGCUCCAAGGGACAUGAGAGGGUUUUCUUCUUUGGCUUCUAGGGCUUUACCUGCAAUCCGAAACCAAUCAGAAAAAUUUCACAAUCAGCGAAAACAAUCCCCAAUUUUUGAAAAUUUAACGGCUGUUGACCACAAGCCUACCAACAACAACAACAUCGAAGCUUCUUUUAGAGGUAAGUCUUCAUUGAACUCUCAAUUCAAAAACCCCAACUUGCCUUCUAUUACAAACAGUCACAUUUCAGUUAAUAAACACAAAUCACAUGAAAAACCAAUAGACCAUCAGUACAUUUCUCAGAUACUUUCAAGUAAAGACUGGUUCUUGUUGCUAAAUCACGAGUUUAAAGUGAAGCGGAUCAGUUUGAAUCAUCAGUUAAUUGUGAGUAUUCUACAAAAUCAGGAAAACCCAUUGCAUCCUUUGAAAUUUUAUAUCUGGGUUUCAAAUAUCGACCCUGUGUUCGCGAGAAAUCAAUCGAUUAGGGGUGUCUUAGUUAAUUCCCUUUAUAGGAAAGGUCCGGUAGUCUUAUCAGUUGAGUUGAUUCGAGAUAUUAGAAGCUCUGGGUGUCCGGUUACUGAAGAUUUGUUUUGUAUUUUGAUUGGUAGUUGGGGGAGAUUAGGGCUGGCAAAAUACUGUGAUGAAGUUUUCGGGCAAAUUUCAUAUUUGGGUCUUAGUCCAACUACUAGGUUGUAUAAUGCAGUUAUAGAUGCAUUAGUGAAAUCGAAUUCACUUGAUUUAGCUUAUCUGAAAUUUCAACAGAUGCAGUCAGAUAAUUGCAAUCCUGAUAGGUUUACAUAUAAUAUCCUCAUUCAUGGAGUUUGUAAGGCUGGUGUAGUGGACGAGGCAAUGCGUUUGCUGAAAAAGAUGGAUGGUUUGGGAUAUUCACCCAAUGUGUUUACUUAUACGAUACUAAUUGAUGGGUUUUGUAAUGCAAAAAGGGUUGAUGGAGCGUUUAGAAUAUUAGAGAAAAUGUGGGAGCGAAAUGUGAGUCCAAAUGAAGCCACAUAUAGAUCAUUGGUUAAUGGUGUGUUUCGUUGUCUAUCCCCACAGAAAGCAUUUCAGCUGUUAUCUAGAUUUGUGGAGGGGAAGCCGGUUUUGCCUAAAGUAGCUUGUGAUACUAUUUUGCAUUGUCUUUCUAAUAAUUCUUUGCCGAGAGAGGCGGCGGAGUUUUUGAAAAAGGCUAGCGAGAGAGGUUAUUUUCCUGACAGUUCAACAUUUAAUGUUACAAUAACUUGUUUUAUUAAGGGACUGGACCUUGAGGAAACAUGUAAGAUACUCGAUGGUUUUACUGAUCGAGGUGUGAAAGUGGGGUUUAAUACUUUUCUUCUUCUCACUGAGGCUCUGUAUAAGUCCGGACGAGAUGAAGAAGGGACUCGGUAUUUAAAUAAGAUAAUUCAGGAUGGACUUGUGACAAAUGUCUUCUCAUAUAACAUGGCAAUUGAUUGCUUCUCCAAAGCUAAAAUGAUGGACAGAGGAUUGGAGACCUUUAGAGGGAUGCAACAAAGAAAUAUUGUUCCUAACCUUGUCACCUUCAAUACUCUAAUUAGCGGGUUUUGCAAGAUUGGGGAAGUAGGUAAGGCACGGGAGUUGUUGGAGAUGCUCUUAGAACAGGGUUUCAGACCAGAUAUUUUCACUUUUAGUUCAAUAAUUGAUGGCCUUUGUCGCGUGCACCAGAUCAAGGAUGCUUUUGAUUGUUUCACAGAAAUGCCAGAGUGGGGCAUCAUUCCAAAUGCUGUCACAUAUAAUAUUUUGAUCCGCUCGUUAUGUAACGUGGGGGAUGUUGCCAAAUCAAUGAAACUUUUGAAACAGAUGCAAGAUGAUGGAAUAAGACCCGAUAUAUUCUCUUUCAAUGCUCUUAUCCAAAGUUUCUGUAAAAUGAAUAAGAUUGAGAAAGCCCAGAAGGUUCUUGUAACCAUGUUGACUUCAGAUUUGAGUCCUGACAAUUUUACUUAUUGUGCUUUUAUUAAGGCAUUGUGUGAAUCGGGGAGAUUUGAUGAAGCUAAGAACUUGUUCUUCUCUAUGGAAGCAAAUGGAUGUGUUCCAGAUGCUUAUACUUGUCACUCAUUGAUUGAUGCCCUAGUUCAGUCAGCUUACUCUGAAGAGGCCAAGGAUAUAGUCAAGAAAUGCAAAGAGAGGGGAAUUAUGUUAUAACCCAUCCUUAUCUCAUAUAAUGGGGUUUUCUUCACAUUCUUAUGAUUUAUAUUCACGAGGUUGGGCUGCUAAGUAGAGCUUUUUGCUCUGAAAGUAGGUGGAGCUAUCGAUUACCAGGCUGCUAUGUUGCCUGCUGCGUUGUGGAAUCAGGUACAUUUCAGUUUUUAGGGUUGAAUAUUGUAUUGGAAUGCGGCGGUGAUGAUAGGGUUCUGAUUUCAGUGGGUACUUGGUCUGAUUGGCUGCUGGGCAACAAGAGGUCUUAAACUGAUUUUCCUUUUUCUACAAAAACACUGUACAUGAUUGAGCAACAGGGGUUGACAUCGUAGUUGUUUUUGGAUUUCGACUGCAUUUUUUUUCCCUAAAACUCUGUACAUGGCAUGGCUGAGCAACAGGGGGUACUUGGUCUGAUUGGCUGCUGGACAUCAAGAGGUCUUAAACUGUAUUCUUUUUUCUACAAAAACACUGUACAUGAUUGAGCAACAGGGGUUGACAUCGUAGUUGUUUUUGGAUUUCGACUGCAUUUUUUCCCCUAAAACUCUGUACAUGGCAUGGCUGAGCAACUGGGUAUGGUUAUACAAUAGUUAAUUCAAUUCUGGAUAUGAGCUGGUAUGGCCCUGUGGGCAUUUGUAGGAAAUUGGUGUUGAUAUGGUAAUUGUUAGGGCAUGUUACAUAAGUUCUGCUGGAGCAGGGGUAAAUAAAAGCUAUGGAUUGUGAUCUGUUAGAUCUGGUUCCAUGUUGCUAAUGCUAAUUUCUCAUACGAAUCUAUAAUUGGAAUAUUACUUUGUUUCUUCUC